CAGUUCCGUCGGUCGGUGAAGGGGGACAAGGACAACAGACCUCACCACAUCUCCAUCCCCCCCAAAGACGCAAUAGCCAUUGUUCCGCCCAAGAAGGUCAUCAAGGCACUCUACGAUUACACCGCACCCAAUCCCGACCAAUACCUGAGUUUUUCGCAAGGCGACUUUCUUCACGUCGUAGCGCGAGAGAACGACAAGGACUGGUACGAAGCCUGCAAUCCGCUGCUCGGCACCCGUGGCCUUGUCCCCGUCUCCUACUUCGAACCCGUAGCGAACCGUCUCGAGAAGCAAGUGCGCGAUUCCGCCAGCUCCACCAAGUCGGCCGCCGCCGGACAAUCCAACCCUCCCUCCCAAACCGCGCCCCACGAUUCCGGAUACGGCGGGGCAAUCGCCAGCCCGAGGACCGCAGACGACGCCGCGAAACAACAACCACUCCGCAUGUCAAAGAUGGGCAAGCCCUCAGGCGCCAUGGUCUAUGGCAUAGUCAUGUAUGAUUUCAAGGCGGAGCGGCCGGAUGAGUUGGACGCUAAAGAGGGCGAGGCCAUUAUUGUGAUUGCCCAGUCAAACCCCGAAUGGUUCGUCGCGAAGCCCAUCACCCGCCUCGGGGGCCCCGGCCUUAUCCCCGUCUCCUUCAUCGAGAUCAGAGACAUGACCACUGGCCAGCCGGUUCCCGAUGCUGCCGAGGCUGUCCAACGCGCGGGGGUGCCCAAGGUCGAAGAGUGGAAGAGAAUGGCGGCCGAGUACAAGAAUGGCAGCAUCCCGCUGGGCAAGUUGGAAACCAACGCGCAGCAAACAAUGCUACAGGGUAUAGAGCGAAUGAGCCUAGGCAGUAAGAAUGGCACACUCGGCAACCCGAGUGGUGCGCAUGCGCAAGCAGCCAUGGCUACGUCCCAUUCGCGAAAUAACUCGGCGUAUCAGAUGGCGCAGCAGCGGCAAUAUCGCGGGUCAGACACCAGCCUGAAAGCGCCGAUCAAAGCCUGUGUCCCCCGAUAUUGCUUUGCGGAUGACAUCUUCUGGUUCAUCAUCGAGUGCCAAAUGGAGGAUGGGCGCUGCUGGGAGUUGCAGCGUCUGUACCAGGAUUUCUACGAUUUGCAGAUUCAGCUCAUUGCGACGUACCCAGUCGAGGCUGGCACGAGCGGGUCUGGAGAGCGUACCCUGCCCUUUAUGCCGGGCCCGGUUACCUACGUCACGGACAACAUCUCGAAUGGGCGCCGCGCGAACCUGGAUGCCUACAUCAAGAAUCUGCUCAAGCUCGGUAGGCACAUCACUCAUGGGCCCCUCGUCAAGGCUUUCUUUGCGCCCCGCCAGGGAGACUACGAGAUUGACCCCGAAGCGCUCGCUGCCGAUGACUAUCGCUUGUCCCACACAUCCGGCCCCUCGAGUGACCCGUCCCAGGGCGCCUCGAGGCAGUCCUCGGCCGACCAGUUGGGCUCGACUCCGCAAACGCCCUAUUCGACGGGUUCCAGCUUCCCCGCUCAUCAAAGGGCCCAGUCUCAGCAGGGCUACGGUGCCAUGAAUGCCCCUCCCGCCAUGCAGCAUCAGACUUCGGGUCUCUCGACGGCCUCGACAAACACGGGAACAGGCGCGGCACUCAAAAUCAAGGUCUGGUUCGAGGAGGACAGCUGCGUGGUCAUCCGCAUGCCCACCAGCCUGAAAUGGGCAGACCUGUACCAGAAGUUGAAGGAGCGGAGGGCGCUCGAGAAGCCGGACGAGGGUGAUCCGGGAGAGUUGUAUGUCGACUACCGCGACGAGAUUGAGGGACGCUACUAUCCCAUUGAGAACGACGAGGAUUUGAUGAUCGCAGUGGAGAGGAAUCCGAAGCUGACGUUGAGUGUCCGCACUGCGAAAUGA